GUUCACUAUUUAAAAUAAGCAUAGUACAAAGAAAAUCAUUAAGUAAAUAUGGUACCUUCAGUUUUGAAUGGUACAAAUGGUCAUGGAAAAUCUAAGAAUGUAAAAGGUAAAUCAAAUGGAUCAAAUGGAAAUGGUUUAGUGGAUACAAUUCCAUUAGAGAAUUUACUCUUAAGAGACGAUGAUAUAUUCGAAACUUCACUUAAUUCAGAAGAUUAUUUGGAUAGUUUAGCACCUAUAUUAAAGGAAUCUAUUAAAGCAAAUGGAUUAUCUGAUUUAAUAUCCAAAUUAACUGUUAUUGUAGAUAAAAAAGAUGAAGAAUUGAAUCAACUAUCAUUAGAUUCAACUGAUGAAAUUAAUGCAUGUAUUGAUUCAAUUGAUAAAAUUAAUGAAAUAUCAUUUACAUUAAAUUCCAAUCUUAAUGAAAUAAGUAAACAAUUAAAUAAAUCUGCUCAUGAUGUAAUGUCAAAAAAGAAGUUUUUAAUUAAAUCAAAGGAAGUUUCAACUCAAAUUACAGAAACUCUGAAUGUAUUAAGUGAAUGUAUACAAGUAUUAGAAAUUACUAAUAAGAUUCAUGAUUUAAUUAAAGCAAAAAAAUAUUUUAAUGCUUUAAAAUUAAUUGAUGAACUUACAAAUGUUCAUUUAAAUAAAGUAGAAAAUUUCAGUUUUGGUAUAAAGAUUUAUGAAUCAAUUCCCCUUUUAACUAAAAUGAUUAAAGAUGAAUCAUUUGAUAAUCUUUGUAAAUGGUUAUCAAUUAAUUCUGAAAGAAGAUUAUCUACUAUUAGUGAUGGACUAUAUGAAAAUUUAUAUAAUUUACAAAAGAAUUGGUUUAAUUUAAAAAAGAAUAAACCAACUUUUAAACCUUAUAAAUUAAAUUCACCAGUUGAAAUAUCUUUAAGAGAUCCUAUAUUAAAUUAUAAUAUUUUUGAAGAUGAAACUUUACAAAUAAGUUUGGAUUCAUUAUAUGAUGUAAUCUUAGUAUAUCAAACAUUACAUGAAUCAGAUAAUUUAAAUAAUUUAUAUCAUAAAGAAUGGAUAAAGAAAUAUAAUAGAGUCAUUUAUCCUAUAACACUGGCUGCAACUGUAAAUUCUUCAAAUAUAGUAAAAUUUGAUGGUUUACCAGCUUUAGAAACUUAUUUAAGAAAAAUUGCUGCUUUCUUUGUUAUGGAUAAACAAAUUAAUUUAACUACAAAAUAUCAAUUAAGAUUAAAUUUAAAUGCCGAUGAUUUAUGGAAUUCAUAUGUAUCUAAAUUAAAACCAGUUUUAUUAAAUUUUCUAAGAACAAGUCAUUUUAAAAUAGAAACUUUAUCUGAUUUUAAAGAUUUAAUAGGUAACUUUAUACAAAUCUUAGAAAAUUAUAAUUAUCGAAUUACUGAAUUAUAUGAAGUUCUCAUUGUUAUAUUUAAAGAUUAUUUUGCUCCAAUGCAAAUUCAAGAUUUCUUAACUGAUUUUAAAGAAUCAAUUCAAUCUGAUCAUUAUAUGCCAUUAACUAUUGAUGAUAAAGCUGAUUAUGAUGGAAUAAUGAGUUUAAUAUUUUAUAAAGAUAAUGAAUCAUUUGCUCCAUCAAAUGUUCGAAAGAUGCCUAUAACAUUCCCAUUUAGUGAAGAUUAUGUUCAUUUUUGUUUAGGUAUACGUACAUUACUUAAAGAAAUUUUAGCAUUUACCGAUCAACAUUAUGGUUAUGAAUUAAAUGAAAUUAAUAAUAUUAUACUAAAUGAUAUAUUUGAAAGAGUAUUAGGUAAUGAAAAAGGUUAUGGUAUUGUAAGUUUUAUGCAUGAUUUUAUUGUUAAGAAUUCAUCAAAUAAGGAGAUUACAUCUCAAAGUUAUACUAAUUUGGAAUAUUAUUUAUAUGGUAUUUAUCAAAUUGGUAGAUUAGUUAAUAGAAGAUUAAGAUUACAUACUGGUUUAGGUAUUCAUAAUAUUGAUGCUAAUGAUACAUUUACAUUAAAAGCAGUUGAACAUUUCAAUACAUUAAGAAAAUUCAGUGAAAAUACUAUAUUUGAAAUGGUUGAUAGUAAAAUUACAGAAUUAUUAGAUAUGGUUGAAUAUAAUGAUUGGUUACCAACUAUAAAAAAUACUGAAGCUAAUUUCUCCAUUAAAGAUUUUGCAUUAUUCUUGGAAAAUUUAUUUACAUCUAUUUUUACUAAUUUACCUCAUACAUUAAGAACAUUAGGUUUAUUUAGAACUUAUGAUUUUGUGGCUCAACAUUUUCUUACUAUAUUAAAAGAGGCACCCUUCUAUAAUCGAACUGGGAUAGAGAAUUUUGAUCUUGAUAUUACAUAUGUUGAAAAUUCUAUGAAAAAAUUACAUAGAAGUUAUAAAGAUAAUGAAAAAAGUGAAACAGAAGGUAGUGUAAGUUUGGAAUCUACAUUUAGAGAUUUAAGGCAAUGUAUAGAUUUAUUAAAAUUAGAUAAUUAUGAAGAAUUUGUUAAGGUUCCAGCUUUUAGAAUGAGACAUUUUGAUAGAGUUAAAUUUGAAGAUGGUAUGAAAUUAAUUCAAAAAAUGCAUGGUUAUGAUUUUGAUAUUGGUUCAAGAGUUAAUACUCCAAUGGAAGAUGUAUUAAAUGCAUCCAAUUUAAGUGUUGAUCAACAAUCGAUUAUGUCUAAUAAUACUACUUCAAAAUUUGCUCAAUUUACAAAAUUUAUGAAGAAAAAUGAUGAUUACUAA